CUUUGAAUGCACGGAAACAGGAAGUAGAGUACGCAGACAACAGCUAAAAACAACGUCACGCUUCAGCCUCGGGAAAAUAUUUGUUUUUCAACAACAUAAACGUUUUCAAUAUAUUCUCUAAAGAAAAGUCACGCCUUGGGAGUUUUAUUGAAGACUCAGUUAUUAGCGAUCUGUCUAGUUUUGCAUGGGAACUCAAUUCCAGGGCAGAAUAACUGUGUUCACUGACACUCACUUGUCCAGGAAACUCAGGGACAUCCACAAUAAUUACUCGACUGCCCAACUAUGAACCCUACUCAGACAGCCCUGAGGACUAAACUGGAGAAGCUGGAGUGUCACUUCACCUGGGGGCUGGAGGUCAGCAGGUACAAGCUGCUCAGUAUCAGAGAUCACCUGGAGGACAUUGGCAGUGACGAGAGCUAUCCAUGGCUGGGUCAGAAGUACAACUUGUGGGCUUAUGUACACCACACCCUGGGCUCCACUAGCAUGGCCCUACAGUGCCUCAGUAAUAAGGCAGAGGUGGCCUUUCACCAAAACAAUCCUUUAGACACAAUGGGUCCUUGGCUGCUGGUCCACUAUGGAAACCUAGCCUGGGUUCACUAUCACCUGGAUAACCAGGCAGAGAGCCAGGCGUAUGUGACAAAGGUCGCGGCACUGCUACGGGAUUACCCCUCACCGUCCCAGGGAGAACUGCACCCCGAGGUAUGUGCUGAAAAAGCCUGGACCCUCAUGAAGUGUGGCCAGGACAAAAGACAGAAAGCGAUAGAGUACUUCCAAAUGGCUAUUAGGAUGGAGCCUGGGAGAAAGGAGUGGCAAUCGAGCCACGUCUUGGCCCUAGACUCAGUUAUCUUUUCUAAAAGGCAGGAGUCUGAGUUUCUAGAGAAGUUGAGACUUGCCAAGGAACACGAUCCAGACAACUUGUAUGUAGCAAGUGUUUACCUGUUAAGACUUGGCAGGAGUGGCCAGGUGAGAAGAGAGGAAGCACAAUGUCUAGCCAAGCAAAUUUUAAAGAAGCCUGCCAGCUGCUAUAAUGGUAUUAAACCCUUACUUCGCUUUUACAGGCAAUAUUUUUCACAUGAUGAUGCUAUUGACCUUGCACACAAGGCUCUGGAAAGACAUCCAAAUGUGCGUUACCUGAAAAAGCGGCUUGCAAAGUCCUACAAAUGGAAAAUCAAUUCAGGAGGUAGAUGGCCUAAGGGUGACAGUCUGAGCCAGAGUUUGAUCAACAAAGCCAUCAGUGUCUAUAUGGAAGUGGUCUUACUCUACCCAGAGACGUCAAUUAAGGUCAAACUGGAGCUUGCAAGCAUCUACGCAAAAUCAAGAAUUGACAAGAGGGAAUUAGCCAAUCAGAUCUAUGAGGAAUUACUCGCCAGCGUACAGGAUCCAUCCAAGUUACAGUUGCUCUACAACCAAUACGCUACAUACCUGUAUUCCGACAUUAAGGAUUACAAUGGAUCAAUUGAUUAUCACAAGAAGGCAGCAGAAAUACCAAAUUCUAACAAAUAUGGUAGAAAGAGUAUAAAAAUUUUGAGGAAGAUCAGAGAAGAGGGGGGAAAAUUUUAAGAUGUGGGAGUGUAAUUCUGUGUCCUUGUAUAUAUAAAAACGGAACAGAGUCCUGCCUACGGAUCAGAGAAGAGGGGGGAAAAUUGUAAGAUGUGGGAGUGUAAUUCUGUGUCCUUGUAUAUAUAAAAACAGAACAGAGUCCUGCCUACGAACAAUAAAUAUGUGAUAUCACCCAAAGCUUUGGACUUGGCUGUACACUGCGCUUUGUAACUGUUAUUCUCUCUGAACUCAGAAAUAAAAUCUGUUUGACUUGGA